AUGGCAGCGCAGGCGGCACAGCCGGAGGAGUGGGCGGCGGUGGAGCAACAACCGGAAGUGUCGCGCUCCGUCAUCACGUCCGCGAUCGACCGGCUAAUUGAGCAGGGCAAGGAGACGGUAACCAUAGUGGCGGUGGGGAAGGGCAGCGUGGGCAAGAGCGCGACGCUCAACGCGCUGCUGGGGGAGCGCCUCUUCCCCACGUCGGGCUUCCAGGCGUCCCCCCACCCGCGCGAGGCCGUGCGCCAAUACGGCGGCGCCACGCUGCACGUCAUCGACACGCCCGGGCUCGUCGACGCCGGCACCGUCAACCGCGCCGCGCUCGACGCCAUUCUACAAGCGCUGGUGGGUCGCACGGUGGACGUGCUGCUGUAUGUCGACCGGCUGGACGCGUACCGAGUGGACACCAUCGACUCGCUCGUUGCCCAGGGCAUCUCCAACGCCUUCGCAACGUGCGUUCGCCCGCCAUGUUCCCCUCCUCGCCAUCCCCUCGCUGCACCUCUUACUUCUCCUUGUCUUGCGUGUUCCACCCCCCCGCCCAUCUGGAAGCGCGCGGUGGUGGUGUUGACGCGCGCGCAGCUGUCCCCGUCGGACGGGCGCCCCUUCCUUGACUUCGUGGCGGCACGCAGCGACGCGCUGCUGAAGAUGAUCCGCAAGCAGGGCCGCCUGGGGAAGGGCGAUGAGGUGCCAGUGGCGCUAGUGGAGAGCAUGGAGGGGCGCUGUCGAACCAACGACGAUGGCGAGAAGAUCCUACCGGACGGGCGUGCGUGGUUGCCAUGCUUGGUGGAGGCGCUGGUAGCGGUUGCUUUAAGGCGGCAGCCGGUGGUGCGCGUGGACGAGCGCAUGGCCAGGGGCUUCAACCCCAACCGCGCCGGCAAGCUGCUCAUCCCCUUCCUCCUCGCGCUGCAGGUGGUGCUGGUGGCGCUGCCACUGAGGCGGGCCAUGGAGUGGGACAAGGCGGAGGAGAAGAGGCACCGGCCGCGGUGGGAGGAGGAGGCGGAGGACUACCGGCGCUCCUCCGCUGCUGCUGUCGCCCGCCGCCGCAUCGCCGCCUUCCAGCAGCAACACGGCAAGCCCAACCCCAAGUGA